CAGUGAGUCAGACCAAACUGUUUUCUCACAAACAGCAAUCUGGUCGGCGUUGGAGACAUUUUACUAUGUCCCUGAAGAGGAUUUGACUUUUGAAGCCUAUUUCCGUAGAUUUGGUGACGUAUUCAGGAUAGAUUGCAAGUCAUGGAGCGAGCAGAUGAAAGUUCGUCUUUUAUUACAAAAAUUAGGAGCUGCAGAACAUGCCAAAUUCGUGGAUUACAUUAUCCCGAAACAGACGAGCGAAUUGUCCUUCGACGAAGCGGUGAAAUUUUUGAUGGAAUUAUACUGCCCAAAAACCAGCUUAUUUCAUAAAAGAUGGAAAUGCAUGAAUCUGAUUCGCAAAGACGACCAAGACUACUUAACCUUUGCCACAAUCGUAAAUCGUCACUGCGACGAUUUCGGACUAUCCUCAUUGACGGCCGACAACUUUAAGGUCCUGAUUUUCAUUCAAGGCUUAGUGUCGACCAAGGACGCUGAACUCAGACGCCGGGCACUGAACAGAUUGGAAAAAGAACAAAAUAUAACCCUGCAGCAAUUAGCAGAGGAAUGCCAAAGGAUCAUCUCGGAGAAGCAAGACUCUAAAAAUAUAGAAGAGGCAGGUCUAUCACACAUUAAGAAGGUACGUAGUAACAACAAACCUCACCCUACCAACAGCCAAGCGAAAGCCAAACAUAACACUCCGGAAAAAUCUAAAAAGAAGCCGGAUUUACCCCGUUACCCAUGCCAAAGAUGCGGAGAACGUCACUGGCAGAACAAUUGUCCAUACCGAUACCGAAAAUGUGAUCUGUGCAGACGCAUCGGACACAAAGCCUCACAUUGCAGGACAAAAGGCCCCCGCAGGAGCUACGUAAAAACAGCGAAGACUCAAGCGGAGGACGAGAAUGUACGGAAGUACGUUACAGUAAAAAUCGGGAACAAGAAUGUUAAACUUCAAUUGGACAGCGGGUCGGAUUUGUCCAUAAUAAACCACCAUACUUGGUGCAAAAUUGGAAAACCGACGUUGAUGAGAACAAAGAAAGUUGCUCGUUCAGUAACUGGAGAAAGAAUAAAAUUCGAAGGUGAGGUUAUUACUAACGUAACGUUGAAGGGAAAAACAUUGAAACUGAAGAUGUUUGUGUUAAGAAACACUAAUAAUCUUUUUGGUACGGACUGGAUCCAAAAAUUUGAACUCUGGGACUCGCCCAUUAGCGAUUUUUGUCAAAAAGUAGAGAGCUUUAGAACUGAAGCUGAAAAACUAAAGAAAGACCUGAGAGAGUCGUUCCCCAAGAAAAUCGACGAAGAACUGGACAGACUCGUCAAAACUGGAAUUUUGACCCCUAUCGACUACAGCGAGUGGGCCGCCCCCACCGUCUAUGUAAAGAAAAAGUCAAAGGAUAUCAGAGUCUGUGCCGACUUCUCGACUGGGUUGAAUGCAGCACUAAAGGAUCAUCAUUACCCGCUACCUAGCCCCGAAGAAGUUUUUACGAAACUAAAUGGUGGGAGAAUAUUCUCGAAGAUAGAUCUAAGUGAAGCCUACUUACAAAUUCCCGUGGAAGAAGAAAGCUCAAAACUUUUGUGUAUUACCACUCACAAGGGACUAUUUAAGUUCAAUAGAUUAGCUUUCGGGAUCAAAGUCGCACCAGCAAUAUUUCAACAGAUAAUCGAUACGUUGUUGAGCGGCCUUGAUUUUUCGAUUGGAUACUUAGAUGAUAUUCUGAUGAAAAGCGAAUCUAUAGAACAACAUAGAAAACACGUUUUUCAAGUAUUCGAAAGAAUAAAGGAGUACGGCUUCACACUUAAAGAUACUAAAUGUGAAUUUUUCCUCGACAAAAUAAAAUACCUAGGGCAGAUAAUCGACAGAAACGGUAGACGACCCGAUCCAGAAAGGUCCAUAGCAAUAAAAAAUAUGCCUGAGCCACAUAAUAUAACAACAUUACAGAGUUUUUUGGGCUUAGCAAAUUACUAUCAAUCGUUCAUUCCGAAUAUGCACACAUUGCGUGCACCACUAAAUGAAUUACUCAGGAAGGACAAGGAUUGGAACUGGACCUCGGAAUGCAAGAUGGCAUUUGAAAAGCUUAAAGAAGUACUCACUUCAGAACUAUUCCUGACGCAUUACAACCCAAAAUUAGAUAUUAUCGUCGCAAGUGACGCGAGCGCAUAUGGAAUCGGCGCGUGCAUCCUGCAUAAAAUGCCGGACGGAUCUACGAAACCUAUAGCACACGCGUCAAGAACUCUAUUACCUGCGGAAAGGAAUUAUUCCCAGAUAGAGAAAGAAUCCUUAAGUAUCAUCUUUGCAGUGACAAAAUUUCACAGAUUUCUGCAUGGACGACACUUUAAACUUCAAACGGAUCACAAGCCGCUGAUCUCUAUCUUUGGCUCGAAGAAAGGAUUGCCUACACACACGGCGAACAGGCUCCAAAGAUGGGGAACUAUCCUAUUAAAUUACGACUUUGAUAUGGAGUUUCUUCCGUCAAAAAAGUUAGGACACGCAGACGGUUUAUCCCGGUUAAUACCAAGGACUGGUGAACCACUAGAAGACUCGGUGAUCGCAUCACUACGAUCAGAGAGAGAUUACAGUUCGAUCCUAUGCAACACUGUGAAAGAACUUCCGGUUACUCUGGAUGACAUAAGGAAAGAAGCAGAGAGCGACGACUUUAUAAAAGAAACCAAGAAAAAACUGCAGACUGACGAACAAGUAGCAGAAGCUUUUGCAAUAUGCGACCAG